GAGAGCGAGAAUGAGGGUGACACAACGAGGGUGACGUAUUGACACCAGCGUGGCGUAGUGGUUUGAGCGCUGGACUAUGACUCUGGAGUCCCGGGUUCGAUUCCCGGCUCCGGAAUAAAGACACCUGUGUUAUUCCGAUAAGGAAUUCAACAAAGGGAGGGGGGGUGUCGUGGAUGACGUAAUACCCGUCGCGUGACGGAAUGGCCGUUCUUUCCGUACGGAAGUGACGCUUCGGGGGCGGGGCUAGGCGUUCAGAGAAAGAACGAAAGCGGCAGCUGUGGGAGGGAGGGGGGCUGGGUCCGCCAUCUUGUUGUACGGCUGGAGCGCGGAGGGAAGAAGGAAGGAAGCAAGGAAGGGCUCUCUCUCUCCGGAGAUGGUGAUCUGCUGCGCGGCGCUGAACUGCUCCAACCGCCAGGGCAAGGCUUCCCGGGGCCCAGCGGCCGUCUCCUUCCACAGGUUUCCAUUAAAGGAUUCAAAGCGACUUAUCCAAUGGUUGAAAGCAGUUCAGAGAGACAACUGGACUCCCACCAAAUAUUCCUUUCUCUGCAGUGAGCACUUCACUAAAGACAGCUUUUCAAAACAGCUGGAAGACCAACAUCGACUGUUGAAACCCACAGCUGUGCCAACCAUUUUCCAGCUUUCAGAAAAAAGGGGAGAUAGCAGGGAUUAUGUCAAGAGGAGAAGAAAGAUAGCAAGCCAUACUCUACAAGGAGAUGGCAGUCAAGCAAAGGAAGGAAGCAGUGACUUAGUUGAGGGAACCGUAUCAUCUGACCAAGACUUGUUAGCAGACAGGAUUAAAAUGGAACAAGUCACUCUUCAAGCUGAAAUCGGGUCAAUGUCUGAGCAGGGAGACAACUUCCAGGUCCAACUUGAAGGUUCCCUUAGAAGGAUGUUGGCGGAUAAUUUAGUCACAAAAGUAACCCAAAAUAAACCAGAAAAGCAUUCUGUAGAUGAGUGUUCUGAAACAGUUAUCAGCCCAGGGAGUUUCAAAAUGGACAAGAGUGGGAUGUCGGAGGAUGACUUCACACCUUCAGUUUCUGGUGCUUGCAAAUUUAUUGGCUCCCUGCACUCUUACAGCUUUUUCUCCAAGCAUACCAGAGAGAGGUCGUCUUUGCCAAAGGAGCAAGUAGAAAGAAAACGGUUGAGGAGAAGUGUGGAACCACGCUAUAAUAGCAACACUGUGGAGCAGGACACUAAUUUAGCUGAAGCCGCUUCUACUUCCUCUCUUACGGCUAUACCCCAGAAACCUUCCCAAAGCAUUUCUGCAUCCCCUGCAGAUCUGACUCCGAAACCAGCAACAGAAGCUGUUGUUGGUGAAAAGGGAGAGACUGAUGCCAACCCCAUGUCAAUCAAUGAGGUCAUUAUGUCUGCCUCAGGAGCCUGCAAGCUCAUUGACUCCCUCCAUUCAUACUGUUUCUCCUCUAGGCAAAGCAAAAGUCAAGUGUGCUGUUUGAGAGAGCAGGUAGAGAAGAAGAAUGGCGAACUGAAGCAGCUGAGGCAAAAGAUCAGCCGCUCUGACAGCCAGGUGCGAAAAUUGAAGGAAAAACUAGAUGAACUGAAGAGGAUCAGUUUUCCGUUCCUGAGCAACUUACUGUCCCAGGACUGUGAAACUCCAGAGCUGAACCCAGUGAUUGAGCCUCUUUCCUGGAUGCUGGGCACCUGGCUGUCAGACCCUCCAGGAGAUGGUACCUUCCCAACAAUGAAGCCCUUUCAGUACCUUGAAGAAGUGCACAUCUCUCACGUGGGGCAGCCCAUGCUGAAUUUCUCAUUCAGCGCCUUCCAUCCAGACACCAGGAAGCCGAUGCACAGAGAAUGUGGAUUUAUCCGUAUCAAACCUGACACUAAUAAGGUGGCCUUUGUCAGUGCUCAGAACACAGGUAUAGUGGAGGUGGAGGAAGGAGAAGUAAAUGGGCAGGAGCUUUCUUUAGCUUCCCACUCAGUAGCAAGGAUCUCGUUUGCCAAGAAACCCUAUGCAGAGCAAAUUACUAGGAAAUUUAGGCUCAAUUCUGAUGGGAAGCUAGAACAGACGGUCUCCAUGGCAACCACUACCCAGCCCAUGAUGCAGCAUCUUCACAUCACCUACAAGAAAGUGACUCCUUAAAACAAAGGGAAGUUGUGUCUCCACCGAGGCAUUGAGGCCAAGAAAGAAACACCAUGUAGGGAGGACAGAAGCAGCUUGGAAGAAAAAAACACAGUGAAUUCACAUCUUCAUGACCCAGAUCAUACUUGACAGCAGAAACUACAGUGGCUGAAGGAGUCUCUUCUGAAGUUUCUAUAAUGCUAAAGCAAACUUAAAGCCAAUAAAAAAGGCCUUUAUUUUUAA